AUGGAGCCAUACCAGUAUUCUCCCAUUACAAUUGCCGGCACAUUUCGGCUCGUUCGUCUUUUGCGUGUUGACACCACGACCUCACCGCCAACUAUCGACGUUUCCAUCGUCGAGACAUCCCUUCCCGACCCAGUGCCUUAUGACGCUCUGUCUUAUCACUGGGGUGUCGGAGCCGAUGAAAAGCCAGAUCGUCCGAUAAACGUCUCGACACCAACAGGCUCUCGCCGUCUGUUCAUCUACGAGCCACUGGAGACGGCCAUUCUCGAACUCGCAGCCGCAGGUUUCACCCAACGCGCCAUCUUCAUCGACCAGAUAUGCAUCGAUCAGCGCAGCCCUGCCGACAAGGCGGGCCAGGUCCCGCUCAUGGGCGACAUCUACACACGCAGCGCUCGCGUCGUCGUGCGCCUCGGCCCCUCGACGCCGGCCUCAGAUGACUACUUCCGCUUCGUCCGCCAGAUCAACGCAGCCUCUCCGCUGGGCCGCAUCGUGCAGAUCCCGGGCAAGGAGUUUCUCGCGAUAUACGACGCCGUCGCCGAUCCCACCAUGCCUUGCGAGCCCGCCGUGGCUGCCGACCGCGACGCCCUGCUCGCCCUCGUCAAGGCGAAUCCCGAGUUCCCGCUGGCGAGCGCCAUUGACGUCCAGAGCCGUUCGUGGUUCAGCCGCCUCUGGGUCAUUCAGGAGUUCUGCCUCGUGCGCGACGCCGUUCUCCUGUGCGGCGGAGAGCUCGUUUGCGUCACGUGUCUGCGGGCGGCCAUGCUCUUCUUCGUCGUGCACAACGCGUGGUGGCUGAGGACCGUCAAGGGAGACGUCCCCGUGGCCACGAUGCAGCAGCGGGAACGCAUCUUCCAGCUCAACGCCGCCAUCAUACGUCUGUUCCAGGAGCGGAGGGCCAUACACACUGGGGAUGGCAAGCGCGAUCUGUAUGACGUUGUCCUCAAGUACAACAUUGACAAGGAGGGCAACAAGAUUGGGGCGACCAUGCCGGAGGACAGGAUCUUCGGGCUCAUGGGCUUGGCGCGAGAGGACGAGUACUGGCGGCAAGUGCGGGUGCGCUAUCAUGACGCUGUCGGGGUGUACACCGACUUUGCGGGGCUCAUGGCGGCGAGGAGCACCGAUCUGCUGCUGUAUUCGCAGUUUCCCAAAAUGCUGGCCGGCCUGCCAUCGUGGGUGCCGGACUGGUCGGCCAAGCUGCGGGUGCCGCACGGCUACAUGGAGCUCGGCCAGCCGGUGUUCAGUGCCGGGGGCACCGGCGGAGCCGCGCCGCGUGUUGACCCCGCAUCGGGCUGCCUCGUGGUAGAGGGUGUCAUGGUGGAUCACAUCAGCCGGAUCGGAACUCGACAAUUGCAGCUGGAUCUGUCGGACAAGACAUCGGAGGGUGUCGACUAUAUCAUGACAAAGUACUUCCUCGACGAGACCCAAGAAUUCGUCCAGACAGCCGCUCAGCUCGCGACAUCAUCCAUCCAUGGCGUCCAUGCCGACCAGCUUGCCCAGGUGGCCAUACGGCUCUCUGACUUUGGCCUCACAGAGAAGGUGCUGCUGCAAGACAUGGCGCCAGACGCUGUGGCGACGACACUGGUCAGAGUGCGAGACCAAGUACACAAGACUGGCCAGAUGCUGAUCAAGGCGAACAGCACGACCCAGAUGUUCACUCUCGGCAACCUCCUCCAGAGUCUGAGCCGGGCACCCUGGUACUGGGCCCCGCCGAACGAGUUCGAGACGGUACGGUCCUGCGCCGCCAGCCCCCGCCAAGCUGUCUCGACGUUGGCGCGCGGUGCCCGCCUCGCGACCCUGGACGUGCUCGUGGCGCUCGGCGCUUCGACGGCCAUCUUCGUCGUGACACGAUGGCUCGCCUUUCGCAAACGAUUCAGGGGGUUCAAUUUCGAGGGCGUGACCUCUUCGCAGAGGGCAGGUCUGCAGCGUUUCGGUCUGGACGAGACGCUGCUGCGGAGCACUGCGAUGAGGGACUAUCGCGAUCACCUAGCGAGAAACAUGGGCAACCGGGUGUACAUGACGAGGCAGGGGUUUGUGGGACUGUGUCCGCCGCGGGCUGUGGUAGGGGAUGCGGUAGCCAUCGUGCUGGGCGGCACCGUGCCGCACAUUCUGCGUGCCAAAGCAGGGGCGGCGGCUGGCAGAUGGGAGUACGUUGGCGAGGCCUAUUGUGAGGGCGUCAUGCAGGGGGAGGCCGUGAGACAGCCGGAUCGACGUGCUGGCGAGAUAUUCUUGGAGUGA